UCUCGGAUUGCAAACUGUUAACAAUCAGCAGAACGCGACAUCCCAGUGCGAGACACUGUGCAAACCUCGUGGCAGUGAGAUGCUACCCAAAGGCAUUGUUUCGAGCACUUCGGAUCUAAAACUGCGACCCUUAUGGGACUCGCAUGAUACAAAGAGCUCAAACUCGACGAACUUGCUGGCUAUUCCAGUGGGAAUACGGCAAAAAGAUAAUGUAGACAAGAUUGUUAAGAAGUUUCUAUCAAGCGAUUUCAUCGUGAUGCUUUUUCAUUAUGAUGGGAAUGUGGACGGAUGGAGGGACAUCGAAUGGAGCAAUCGUGCUAUUCAUGUGUCUGCUAUCAACCAAACCAAGUGGUGGUUCGCCAAGCGCUUUCUACAUCCAGACAUUGUUUCCGAAUACGCAUACAUCUUCCUUUGGGAUGAGGAUCUUGGAGUGGAAAAUUUCCAUGUCGGAAGAUAUCUUUCAAUUGUCAAAGAAGAAGGGCUUGAAAUAUCGCAACCGGCACUCAACCCGAAUAAAUCAGAGAUUCAUCAUCCAAUCACGGAACAAGAUAGAAAAUCAAAAGUACACAGGAGGAUCUUCAGACAGAUGGAUGGAGGAUUUGCGUGCAAUGAAAACAGUACAAGCCCUCCAUGCACAGGGUGGGUGGAAAUCAUGGCUCCUGUUUUCUCACGAGCAUCGUGGCGCUGUGUGUGGCAUAUGAUUCAGAAUGACUUAAAUCAUGCAUGGGGACUGGAUUUUCAGCUCGGCUACUGCGUUGAGGGCGAUCGAAUGAAAAAUGUUGGGGUUGUGGAUUCCGAGUACAUUGUUCAUCCUGGGUUUGUUACACUCGGGAGUGUGGUAUGGAAAAAGGCAAAUCAUGAAGCAACAGAUAAAACUGUAAACACUGCGUCUCCUCAUUCCAACCCAUCAGUACCUGAUCAACCAGAUACUAGAAGUUUGAUUAGAAAUGAGUCUUUUGCUCAGUGGAGGAUCUUCCAGCAAAGAUGGAGAAAAUCAGUGGAGGAGGAUCACUGUUGGACUGAUCCAUAUUAAGCAGGAUAGAAUGGCUACAUGAAAGCAUUUCCAGCUCCCUCGCACAGACAAAGCAUUAACAAUUUUUUAAAAUCUAUUGAGGUAUUGCCUCAUGACUUACAAAAGGUGGUAAUUAAUGCCAUUCAUCUCUCAGCAAACAACAUGUGCUUCUCAAUGCCG